UUGUGAUACAGGACGGUUUAAUAGUAAAUACACAUUUAUCGUAUUAUUAUAUAGUGAUUGGACACAGUUUCAUUGUGGAUAUAAUGGAAUGCAUUUAUUUUGUUACACUAAUCUCCGUUUUGUUAUGGAGUUCACUGCAUUGUGCUACAGGAAUACGUCUUGCUAUAUCCGAAAGUAGACUCAGGCCUGUUGUGAAGAAGGGGGAUCAAAUAAAAUUAGUAAGCUUUGUCAUGGAAUCAAAUAGCCUGGACACGGUGAUAUAUUUUGAACGAAUACUACAAGGACAGCAAACUAUUAAAAAGUCGUGUCAGAUACAGCAGCACGACUUAAAUUGUGCACCAAGUCAAAAUUAUUGCUGUUACUCUACUAAACGUACAUUCUGGGAUCGUGGUGCUCACAUAUACAUUCACUAUUAUAUAGUAUACCUAAUAAUAUACAAGGCGGAUACUCAACAUGCAGGACAAUGGCAGUCCACAUCUUGGAGAAACGUUGUAAGCAACAACAUAACGAUCACUGUUUUGUGGAUGAACCUAUCUAUAAUAAGUCAGCCGACUGUUGUCAAGAAAGGUGAUCGAGUGGUUUUGCGAUGUCAGGUUAAUAUUGCAGGGAGCUGCAACACUAGAGUAUAUUUCAAACACCAACGUAAUACAAUAUGUCCUGUACACCUGAUAGGCUCAACGUGUUCGAGUGUGAACAAUAUACAACCUCAAAACUAUUACUGUUCAUGUGGUACACAGACGGACAGGAGUGACUAUUCCGUGAAUUUGUACCACCUGGUAAUAUACAGGGCGAAUAUCCAAGAUGCAGGACAAUGGCAGUGUACGUCUCCAUACACCAUUGAGAGUAACAACUUAACAAUCGCUGUUUUUUUCUAUGCCAAUAAAGGUGACAAAUCAUCUGUUCACUGA